AGGCUCUGGUUGCUAUGGUGACGGCUCGGGCACGCCGCAGUGGGAUUGCUUCCGCUCCGAGCCCCGCCCAGACCCAGCCCCCGACGUCCAGGAUUUCAGAUGCUCUCCGGUCGCGCGUGGUCAUCGUUGCCAUGGUGAUUGCCGCAGCGAACCGAGCCGGACCAGGCUGCGCUGAACCCGAGUCCUCCGCUGCUGUUGCCAAACUCUCCGGAAGGAUGAGGGCCUCCCUGCCGCCUCUGGGCCCCCCUGUGAGCCGGGACCGCAUCAUCUCCAGCUUCCCUAAGUGGUACACGCCUGCCGCCUGCCUGCAGCUCAAGGAGCACUUCCACGGGCAGGUCAACGCCGCCUGCCAGCGCAGGAACACGGGGACCGUCGGGCUCAGCCUCUCCAAGGCCGUUGUCGUCGGCGACCUCCACGUGGGCAAGACCAGCCUCAUCCACAGGUUUUGCAAGAACGUUUUUGACCACGACUACAAGGCCACCAUCGGGGUGGACUUUGAAAUCGAGCGCUUUGAGAUUGCUGGGAUCCCCUACAGCCUCCAGAUCUGGGACACAGCAGGGCAAGAGAAGUUCAAGUGCAUUGCAUCUGCCUACUACCGGGGCGCCCAGGUGAUCAUCACGGCCUUUGACCUCACGGAUGUGCAGACCCUGGAACACACCAGGCAGUGGCUGGAGGACGCGCUGAGGGAGAAUGAGCCGGGCUCCUGCUUCAUCUUCCUCGUGGGGACCAAGAAGGACCUUCUGUCCAGGGCGGCGUGUGAGCAGGCGGAGGGGGAGGCCGUGCACCUGGCCAACCAGCUGCAGGCCGAGUACUGGUCGGUGUCGGCGAAGACGGGGGAGAAUGUGACGGCCUUCUUCAGCCGCGUGGCCGCCCUGGCGUUCGAGCAGUCGGUGCUGCAGGCCCUGGAGAGGAGGAGCGGCUGCCGGCUCCUGGUCGGCGACGGAGACCUCAUCCGGAUGGAGGGAAGCCCCUCCGAGACCCAGGGGAGUGAGAGGCCCUCCGGCCUGGGCUGCUGUUAGCUGGGGUCUGUGUCCGAGGCCUCCACUCCCGACACGCGUGGGCAGCGCCAUCUGAGACUGCGGAGAGGGCAUGUGGAGCCUGAACCUGGUGAUGGAUCUGUGCAGGCGCCACUCCCGCUUCUCUAGCAGGAAAGCCCUCGCUAGCUGCCCGGGGCCCGCACUGCCCGACUGGGUGCCACCUGGAAGGCCAGGCUCACCUACAGACUCACCCGUCUGCCCGGCCUUGAGAGACCUCACACUGCAGGCACAGGACACGUGUGCCGCGGCCCUCAGCACCCGUCAGCAUCUGCACGUGCCCUCAGCCUCUCCUGGUGGGCAGGGCCUGGCCGAGUCGGCACCCGAGGAGUCCUGCCACCCCGCCUGGGACUUCCCUUCGCAGCAGGACCCGCACUUCUGGGUCCCCCGUCCAGUCCCUCUGCCAGAGCCGAGCGGGGUCCCCGGGGGCCUUGCCUGCCUCGUGGGACCCUCAUCUCUGGAGGAGGUCGGGUGAGAAGGCCUCUCUGGCUCCUCCUGGAUCCCCAGGUCCUGCCCUCUGGUCAGUGGGCAAGGCCAGCCGAACAGGCCGCUCCUACCCUCUGGCCCCUGGCAACCAGUCUCCCCGGCUGGGCUGCGGGGAAAAGACUGUCCAGCUGCCCCCGGGGUGACUCGCUGCUGCGUCCCUUUAGUACGGCACUGCCCGCUCUGCCCUGGCUCUGCAGUGCCCACAGCUGCCCCUGCUGCCCCUGUCCCCCUCCAGCCGGCACGGGGAAGGCCUGGAAAUGAGGAAAUGCUGGGCACCCGCCUCUCAGGGCCUUUGCGAUGGCGUCCGCGUGUCUUUGGAGGCCCCGGAGGUCCCCCAGAGUCAGCGUGCCGUCCCCCAGCCCUCCUGCACACCCAGCCAGGCAGGCCAGGCCCAGCCCCAGCUCCUGCCCAGAGCCACGCCCUCUCCAUGCCCUGGGGUUGCUCCUCCAGGAGGGCUACUAACGCCCCGACCCACCCACAGCCCUACCCACAGCCCCAGGGGUACCGCCCAGCACCCGGGCAGGGCCCGUCCACGACAGGUGCUCAGGGUGGCGACUGCCCAACGUCGCUGGGGGAAGAACACGGGCAUCUUUUGCUGUUUAUUUCCCCUUUGCCACAUUUUUGGCUUCCUCUUUUUUUAUGAUGAUAUAAAAUCCUUUGUAAACAUCA